AUGAAAUAUAAAGAAGUUGUUCCAAUUGGGACUGCUUUGAUUGUUGGCGCAACAACAUUUGGACUUGGUGUCAUUUAUGGCAAUUGGCCCUACGAUCUCGACACCUUAUGGAGACAUAGUGUUACCGAUGGAUUUGAUAAGUCUCUUGCCCACUAUCAAACAUGGGGCAAUGCACCAAUGUACAUUCACUACACGUUACAUACUGUGGGUUUUCUUGGUCUUGUUGGACAUUUUAUCAAAUUGUACAAGCCGGAUGAAGAGGCCAAAUACUUUGAGUAUGGUUCGUUGGGAUUAUUUAUGAUCGCCAUCAUUAUUUACUUGACCAAUUUGAGAACUGGAGUUACUUCUUGUCUUUCUGGACAAUGGGGUGAUGUCGAUUACAAGACGGGACUCAAUGUCAUGGCUGCGUCACAAGUGAUGAUUAUUUUGGUGCUUGUUGGUGUGUUGGUGCUUCAAGGUGGAUUAUAUUAUGCCCAAUGGUAUGACGAGCAAUUGAAGUUGGAAUUUUAUGAGAAUGAAAGGAGAGAGGCCGCUGCUGCUGCUGAGGCACAAGCAAGAGAAGAGGAGAGUUUGAGUAAGAAGAGUGGUAAGAGAGGAAAGAAGGAUGUCGUUGUUGAAGAAGGCGAUGUUGCUGAUGAGGCUGAUGCAGUAAUUGAAAAAGAUGCAGGCAGUACUUCUGUAAGUGGAAAGAAAAAGUCAGCAGCCAAAAAGAGAAGAUCAUGA